AUGACGUCCCUUCCGCCCAUCUCCGUCUCCGACAAGAACUCGUUCGCAAACUCGGACGCCAUCCGAUCGACCCAUCUGCACCUCUCUCUCACGGCCGAUUUUGACCGAAAGGUCCUCCACGGCCAUGUCGUCCAUUCGCUCUCUGUCCUGAAGGACAGCGUCAAGGAACUGGUCUUGGACUCGAGCUACAUUGACGUCAAGGCCGUCACCAUCAACGGAACUGACGAAGCCCUUGAGUUUGUCGUCCACGAUCGCCAUGCGAUUUAUGGGUCUCCGGUCCAGAUCAGGUUCCCUCGCGCGCUGGCCAAGGGCGAGGAGAUUGCCGUCAAGGUCGUGUACUCGACCACCAAGGAUUGCACCGCAAUUCAGUGGCUUGAACCCAGCCAAACAGUCGGAAAGAAGCACCCCUAUCUUUUCACCCAAUGCCAGGCGAUCCAUGCGCGCAGCCUCGUCCCCUGCCAGGACACCCCGUCGAUCAAGAUCAAGUACAGUGCCGACGUCACUGCUCCCGCCCAUCUUCGGGCGCUCAUGAGCGCUGUCCCCAAGGACGAGGUGGUCAGUGGCUCUCAUAAGAAAUACAACUUUGACCAAGCCAUUGCUAUUCCGUCGUACUUGAUCGCCCUGGCUGUCGGAAACCUCGAGGGGCGCAAGAUCGGCCCCCGCAGCACUGUCUGGUCCGAGCCCGAGAUGGUCGAAGCCUCUGCCUGGGAGUUUGUCGAAACCGAGGACUUUAUCGCCACUGGCGAGAAGCUGCUCACUCCUUACUGCUGGGGCGUUUACGAUCUGCUGGUGCUUCCUGGCUCCUUCCCGUACGGUGGCAUGGAGAAUCCUUGCCUCACAUUUGUCACCCCCACCCUGCUUGCUGGCGACCGCAGCCUCGUCGACGUUGUCGCCCACGAGCUUGCCCACAGCUGGAUGGGCAACCUGGUCACCUCUUCGAACUGGGAACACUUUUGGCUCAACGAGGGAUGGACCAUGUUUGUGGAGCGCAAGAUCAUCGGCCGCAUCCGUGGCAAUGCAGAGGCCGAGUUCUCGGCGAUUGUCGGCUUGAAGGCUCUGAAGGAAUCCAUCGACCACUAUGAUGAGAUCAAGACUCCGCAGUAUACCGCCUUGGUCCCGGAGCUCGGCGGUGUCGAUCCCGAUGACUCAUUCUCGAGUGUUCCUUAUGAAAAGGGAUUCAAUCUGCUUUACUACCUCGAGGUCCAGCUCGGUGGGCCCUCGGUCUUUGAACCCUUUGUCACGGCGUACGUCGAGAGAUUCUCCCACAAGUCCAUCACUACCACCGACUUCAAGAGCUUCCUGUACGAGUACUUCAACAAGCACGAUCACAGCAAGAUCAAGGUCCUCGAUGCCAUUGACUGGCAUACGUGGUUCCACGGUCAAGGAUAUCCGCCCGUCAAGAACGAGUUUGACCAGACCCUCGCGAAGGCCUGUGACGAGCUGGCCAAAAGAUGGGACAGCGCCCGCGCCUCGGACAAGCUUGACUUUUCUCCCGAGGAUAUACGCAACUUCUCCUCUACGCAGACAGUGGUCUUCCUGGAGAAGCUCUUGGAGCUGACUCCCUUGCCCCACAAGUUGCUUGCCGAGAUGGACAAGGUUUACAGCCUGACCAGUGUCCGCAACGCCGAAAUCCGCUUCCGAUGGCAGUGGCUCUGUCUCAAGGCCGAUUACGAAGCCAUCUUCCCUGCCGUUGCUGCCUUUUUGGUCGAGGCAGGCCGCAUGAAAUACGUGCGUCCGCUCUACCGCGCCUGGGACAAGACCACAAACGGCGGUCCUCUUGCCCGCAAGACCUUCUUGGACAACCGCAGCUUCUAUCAUCCCAUUUGUGCCGCCAUGGUGGCCAAGGAUCUGGGUUUGUGA